GAGAAGAGGCGGGAAAGGGGGGCUGAUUCUGGAAGCCAUUACGCCAGUAUCGCAGGGCGGAGGCCGUAGAGCGGGGUUUGCUGGGCCGCUGCCGUACGCAAUUUGCGUACCGUUGGAGGUGCCAAGGCGGGACGGGCCCUGAGGGGCCUCGUGGCCCCCUCGUGUCCCCGGCCCCGGGGGUGAGCGGGCCGGGAGGCCCAGCCCGGCCUCCCCCACCCCCCCCCUGCGCUCCCCUGCCCGGCAGGUGCUCCCCCAGAGCCCUCUCUUCAUGGCCAUGGCGUCGCCCCCGGCACCCCCGGCCAAGAAGAGGAAGAUGAACUUCUCGGAGCGUGAGGUGGAGAUCAUCGUGGAGGAGCUGGAGCGAGGCAAGCACCUCCUCAUCAACCACUUCAACGCGGGCGUGCCGCUGGCCGCCAAGGCUGCUGCCUGGCACGACAUCCUGCGCCGCGUCAAUGCUGUCGCCACCUGCCACCGCGAGCUGCCUGAGGUCAAGAAGAAGUGGUCUGACCUCAAGACUGAGGUGCGACGCAAAGUGGCCCAAGUCCGCGCUGCCAUGGAAGGGGGAGGCGAGAGCCAGAACGGCAAUGGCAACGGUCAGGAGAGUGAAGACCCAACGGGUGCCGCAACCGCCCCUGUGAUCCUCACCCCCAUGCAGCAGCGCAUCUGCAACCUGCUGGGAGAAGCCACCAUCAUCAGUUUGCCAAGUGGGGACUGCAGCGCAGGUGACGGUACCGAGAUACCCAUCACUGCCUCAGCCACCACGGUCACCUUGACCCAGAUUCCUGCAGAGACAACCUACCACAGUCUGGAGGAUGGAGUUGUGGAAUACUGCACCACAGAAGCCCCCACCACCGUCACUGCCGAAGCCCCCUUGGAGAUGAUGGCGCAUCAACACGAAGUGUCUGCAAAACCCCAGGAGCUGAAAAGCCGAAUUGCUCUGAACUCAGCCAAGCUCUUGCAGGAGCAGCGAGUGACCAACUUGCACGUGAAGGAGAUUGCCCAGCACCUGGAGCAGCAGAAUGACUUGCUUCAGAUGAUCCGUCGCUCUCAGGAGGUGCAGGCAUGUGCCCAGGAGCGACAGGCACAAGCCAUGGAAGGAACACAGGCAGCACUGAGUGCCCUCAUCCAGGUCCUCCGCCCCAUGAUUAAGGACUUCCGUCGAUUUUUGCAGAGCAACACACCCAGUCCAUCAGUCACCGCAGACCCCAGCCAGACGGGGCAGCAAGAUGGCAUAAUCCAAUGAAAGAAACAGUGGUGGGACAUCUUUCUUGGGAAAAAAACCUGCCUGUGCUGCUGCUGGACCCAGGGAGCAAGGGGUGCUUUCUCUUGUCAAUGUGAAAUGGCUCGCAUUAGUCUUGCUGAGCCUACACAUCUUGCUUUCUCUGCUAAUCUUAUGCUAAUCUGCCUUUUCAGACUCGUCAUACAGAGCAGGACAUGUGAUAAACCAGGAACUUAACAUUGGUUGCUUUAGUUCCUCGAGCAAUAGAUUUAUUAAAAAACAAAAAAAAAAGACAGUUAUUUUUUUAUUUCUGUUUGGAAAAAAACUCUCCUAAGUCUGACACCUCUCUCUAAAGAUUUGUAGCCUUUAACUGACUUCGGCCAUGGAGGGUUUGUUGAGGUCUCGCGGUGCUGCAGCUGCCCAGGUACAGCUAUCGUAAACUGUACUGCUCAGUACUGAAUGCAUUUCUGUCCCUUGCUGAAAGCAUUUACUGGAAAUGUGGUACCAGGUGUGAUACAACCUUCUCUCUGCACCAAGAGUUCUGGAUACCACGCUGGGAGCGUGACAUCCAGCCCAUCAGAUCAGCACCAAGCCUACAUGCAGUUUAAAUCCCACCCACAUCCUCUGAGAGUAUAAAUGGGAUUAAAUUGUGCAUUCACCUCAUGUUCUGUCUGUGUGCGGUCAUGAAAUUUCACUCUAAACUUAGCAGAUGUGAUGAAAGUUUCAUGUCUUGGUUACCAGAUCCUGUUCCCGGGACUCGUAUCAGAAGCAAGGUGUUCCGUUUCUCAGAGUAGUAAAUACACAAGGGGCUGGCUGAGUUUCAUUCGGGUGAAUGUGACGGGUGAAACUCCAGCUCUGCCUUACCUGUAUUUGUCAGCUCCGUAACACCUUGAUCCAUCAAAGUGGGCCUGGGCUGAAGAGCUUCAGCCAUGCAGUAAUUGCCAACAUUUAGGAGUUUGUAGUUGAGUGAAUUUUGAAGUGCUGUUCAGUUCUGGUGGUGGCAAGGGUGUUUGUUCCGUCUUCAUUCGGAGCUGGAAGCAACUACAACCAUUCCUUUUUGGUCUGAUAGCUGACUCCGAGUGGCACCUGAGCAACAGGUCUGAGGUUCACCUUGCUGUUUUCUUACCAUUAUACAGGGUAAAACAACAUUUGAAGCCACUUUUCUUUCAGGCUUUGGGGCUUGGACCUCAGUGGGAAAGCUUCAUUUCACAGGAUGGUGAAUGCGAUUCUCACAGACUUGCAGUAACUUCAUACAAUUUUAGAUAAAGAGCUCCACUUGUACAUGCAUGGAGGAAAAAAAAAAAGAAGGGAAGCAUAACUCUUCCCCCCAUACCUUGUAAAGUGUGUCACAUUUAACAGGCUUCUUGCUUGCCAGAGAUUACUUUUGAAAUAGAAAUUGUUCACAGCUGGUAUUUGCUUGCUGUUAAGUCUUCUUUAGGACUGAGAUGCGGUGAGUAACAACUGAUGAGGGAGUGAAUUUGCACAAUCAAAUUAAAUCUUUACAGCCUUUUAGGAGGGGAUGCUGGUGGGGCGCUCCUGCUUAGAGCAGUAGGUGGAGAGGCCACCGCUGCCUGUCUCUGGCCUUUACUCAUCUCCUCUCAUCUGCAAGUCCAACAGAGGAGAAAAGAACAGCGCACAGAGAGGAGUUUGGCCCCUGGAAGACUCCCGACCCUUCGGCACUGACAUCUCUGUGCUGAGUCUUCCCACCUUGUCUGGCAUCUUGCCACAUGAGUAACGCUCGCCUGACUCUUCCUCAAACUUUGUGAAAUCAAAUCGAUUGCUCAAUCGAAAUUUAUUUUUGAAGUGAAAACAAUGUUGUAUGUGUUGGUUUACCUCAUUUGUGUAAUGAU